AUGGACCUUGUCAGCGGAGGGAGGAAGGGGAGGUGGAGACGGGGGAGGAGCCUGCUCCGCCUCUCCUUCUGUUUCUUCUCCCUCUGCGCUCUGCUCACUGGCGGCGCCGCCGUCGGCCCAGGUGAGAGUCCCCUCCCUUAUCCUAAGUACACCUCAUUUCCAGAACCAUCGUCAUCAUCAGACUCACUCAGUUUUCUUGAAAAAGGAAACCUUGUUUCUCUCUCCCGGUAUUCCCUCUCCAAUGCAGAAAGACGGAAUUCCCCGAACCCAGGAACCUCUCUCCCUCAGCCACCGGUCGCCGUCGUCCUCUCCGGCGUCCCGCUUCAUCCACGCCCGCCGCCGGAGACGGCGGGUGAAACGGCGAAGCCCAGUUGGUGGAGGAGGCGGCGGCGGGGGAGGAGGAAGAGACCGGCAGGGACAACGACGACGACGUCGGUGGCCGCAGCGGCGGCGACGUGGAGCUACUCGGUGGGGCCCGGGUCGUACCCUCCUCGCUGCGUGUCCAAGUGCGGCGUCUGCACUCCGUGCAAGCCAGUUCACGUGGCUGUCCCGCCGGGGCGCCCCGUGAUCGCCGAGUACUACCCGGAAGCCUGGCGGUGCAAGUGCGGCGGCAAGCUCUACAUACCUUGA